AUGCCUAGAUUUUCAGUUGCCUUUGCCAGGCGGAAGAGCACCGCAGACGAAAUCGAAAAUGCCGAGGUAACACCACCUGGACAGUCUUCGUUUAGAGUCCUGGAACGACACGAUUAUUCGGGCGUUAAAUCGUUUGACGGAGGGGCGAAGAUGGCCAGAUCCACUGGAUCUCUACUUCCCAAGCCUGACUAUCAAGCAGAUGACAACAUGUUUUCUGAGAUGAAGGCUAACCGUGGAAGUGGCUUGUCCAACAACACCACGAACACCACGUCUACCGAUACGUCUUCACGCCACAGUAAUGCAUCGACAGCCCCGUCGUCGGCCGACUUCAGUGGAGGCAACUUGUUCCACGAUGACCAUCGAAAUGGACCGCCCAAGAGUUCAUCAUCGGAUAUGCAUGGCCGUGGGAAUUCCAACAAAUCCAUCGGAUCCAAAUUCUUAGACCGGGCUGGCCGUACCUUUUCGUUUGGUGGGCAAAAGAAGCAUACCAUCCCCCCACCGCUGGAGGACCCUCUUAUGCCGGACUUGCCGCCGCCUAUGCCUAUCAUGGCUGAACCAGGACGCACUGGAUCUAGAGGUACGACUACAUAUACGCAGGCCCCAACCAUUCCCCGCAAGCCAGCUCCCCGUAAUACCAAUGUUUUAGACCUUGGUAGUGACUUUGGAUCAAUGUUUUCAGGAUCAGGUUUCGAAAAGAGAGCAAGCAUGGCCACGCUUAAGAACGACGACUUGGCUUCUCCCCGGCUCCUCACAGGCAACCCUCAGGGCCACCAACCGUUUCCGCGCAGCCCAGACGCGGCCACACCAUCCGAGCCGUUGCUCAAUUCAUGGAAUACGCCCAAGUCCAAUUCUCCCGCUCGACAACCACAGGCUAGGAGGUCCCCCCCAGCUGAGCAACCCCCAGCUCGUCAGCAAUCCACUCCUCGUCAGCAACCUCCGGCUCGCCAGCAGCCACCAGCUCACCAGCAGCCGCCACCUCACCAGCCACCACCACUCCUUUCGGCCGAAGAUGAUGAGUUUGAUGAAAACCCACAACAGGGGCGAUACCGGCGGGAGGAGGAUAGCUUUACGGCGGUCCCACGAGCCAAGACUGCUCCCAUCGCCAACUCUGGAAAGAAUGGAGACGGCAUCCAGGAUGCCAACAGGCCUCGAUUCCCGAAGCCGAACAUUCGAUAUGUACCCCCUGAUGGUGCACCUCGAAACAAGGUCAUGACCCCAGCUGAAUUCGAAAAAUACCGGGAGGACAAGAUUCGCCAUGAUAGAUCGAACAGCACGGCAAAGGAUGAUGAGGAAGAGGAGAUCAACUACGAAGAUGAAGAAGAUGAGGCUGAAAAGUCUAAGCAGCAGGCAAAGCAGAGACGGAAGCAGGAGGCUCACAUGGCUGUGUACCGACAGCAGAUGAUGAAGGUUACUGGCGAAACCACUCCAACAAAUGCGGCAGCGCCUCCGCCCAUGCUGGCACCUGCAACUGCGGUGUCUGGCGCCUCUGAUGAGGGCGAUGAUGACGAGGAGAUCCCGCUUGCCAUUUUGCAGGCGCAUGGGUUUCCCAACAAGAAUCGACCCCCCACCAGGCUCAGCACAAUGGGAUCAAACCCUAACAUCCGAGCCUCAGCAAUGCUCAUGCCAGGGCGCCCAUCGUCAGCAAUGGGAGAAUCUGCUGCUUCCCGACGCCACUCCACCCUCCCAGCUUUUGCACGAAACUUGCCCCAGGACCCGUUCAUUGGAGCGAGCAUUGCCCAGCCUGCCCUUCGGGAGUCUCUAUCAUUCAAUGAUAUGGGCCUGGGCCCUAAGCCACCUUCUCCGCUGCCUCCCGGAGGUCUUGUUGGCGUAAUUGCCAGCGAGGAGCGACAGAGAGCAAUGCGACGUGGAAGCCCAAGCGUCGACCCUUCGAGACUAAUGGGCAGUGGCUUCUCUACUCCUGUAGGAGUCGACCCUGCUGCCGGGAUCCCCCCGCACAUGAUGUACCCCCAGGGUCAGAUGGGAGGCAUGGGAGGUAUGGGAGGCAUGGGAGGUGGAAUGCCUGGCAUGAUGCCCCCCAUGAUGCAGCCGCCGAUGAUUAGCGCUGGCGACCAAGCUCAGCUCCAGAUGACGCAGCAAAUGUCGCAGUUUAUGCAGAUGCAGAUGCAAUUCAUGCAAAUGAUGGCUGCGAAUCAAAACGGCGGCGUGCCACAGCAGCAGGCGCCGCAGCUGCAGCCACCUUUCCAGCAGCCCUAUGGCGGUUUGAUGGGCAAUCAGUCCAUGGUUGACAUUUCUUCUCGUGCCUCCAUGAUGGGCGACCAGACUCUGGAACCUCGCCGUGGCGAUUACGGCAGCAUGCGGACGAUGAGCAUGGUUCAGCCUAGCUCAGCGCCGAUGGCUCAUCCUGGAUACGCUGGAUCUAUUCGAUCAUCUAUCCAUGGUUAUACGCCGUCGAUUGCGCCGUCAGAAAGAAGCAACAUUGGUCUCCCCAACCGUUACAGACCCGUUUCGCAGGCCGUGGCCCCUGCCGGACUUGGUCAUAUUCCUUCGCAGUCUUUCUCGAGUUCUCUGUCUGUGCUGGCUGACAACAAGAACCGGACGUCGAUGAGGAUUGUAAACAAGUCGGCUUCCGAUGACGAUGACGACGACGAAGAGGGCUGGGAGGCAAUGAAGAACAAGAGAGAAAAGAAGAGGUCUCUCUGGAGAAGCAAAAAGAACCUGAGCUCAGUGAUUUGA